GGUCGACGCGAUGUCGCGAUCGAGACUGCCAAAAAAAUGGCUUGGGUGCGUCAAAGAAAGAUGGACAGAUCCGGAAGAUGCAAGUUGGAUCUUUGUGUUGUCCCGAUCGCGGAAUUGGGUUUAUCUUCUCUUACUUUCCUGAUGCUGGCUUUGCAAUCUGAUCCAAAAUCAGGAUUGAGUUUUGGCUAUGGCAGAGAAUAACGCUACGGUACCUGUGCCUAUUGAGGCCGUUCAAGAGCAGCAUGAGGCAAUUAUCUCUGCUGCAACUGCUGCGAUUGACUUAGACCACUCUAACGAAGACAACAACGACGCGGAAGACGCUUCUCAGACAUCGUCGGCUUACGCCGAGGAGAAUCGGCAAGUGUUUGAGGAAAUCUGGCUACCCAAGAUUGCUGCACUAAGCACUGAGCUAAAUGUUGUCUUCGAGGACAUCAGAAUACGAUGGAGUGGCGCGAGCUCUCGCAUCUUCUCACUAACACUGCGAAACCCUCCUGCCGGAGCCCUCUGGGAAGACGGGACUCAGGCUAUAUUACGCAUACGAAACCGACUCCACGAUGAACAAAGCGAGUUUGAGGAGAAGGCAGAUGCGGAGGCGUCUCAGCUCAGAUCUGGGGAGAAUCCGCACAUUCCCGAAAGUCCUGUGUCUGCUACAAGCAACGCAUCUGCAAGCAGCGGCCUUUCUGGGAGUACCUUGGCGGAUGAGUCCCAAGAAGAAAUUCACGAAGACGGUCUCAACCAGGGCAACCCUGAUGAAUCCAAGUCUGAUGACGACUCUAGUAGCUCUCAGUGCUCUGAUAUUACUGAUCAAUCCGACGACCUUGGCCGAGAUAGAGAUGAGUGGCAGUGGGAGCGCCUCGACGAAGUUCUCGUCUUGAAUCUGGUCGAGGACAGUGGCAUCCUUGUUCCACGAGUUCUGGCUUACGACAUCACUAGUCAAAACUCUCUAGGUUUCGCGUACUCCAUCCAGACUCGCGCAGCAGGAGAUUCAGUUCAAGAUCACUAUCGCCGUCGUGAUUUCUCUCUCAAUGAUCGACAUUGGAUAGCAGGCGAGAUGGCGGAAUUGCGAGUGCGUCUGGAGAGGAUCAAGUUCGAAGAAGCGGGUAGACUACUUGCCAACGAGGAUGAAGAGCACUCUUCUGCCGGAAAAUUGCCUCUUAAUCUAUCGAGUCGCGCCAACAUCAGUGAGAAACUCAGCAUAUGGCCCUUCCGUCACGGUACUGGAUGGAUGCAUGGUCGCAACAGAUCAGGCAAAUCUCAAGCAAGCUAUCAGACCUUGUAUGGCUUGAUGUAUGGGACAGUCCAGAAUCUCAUCGAGUACGAACUGGGGCGUGAACACAAGGGUAGGGAAUCCCGCAUCCGACGUUAUCUUUACAUCAAAGACAUAAUCAACGAUAUGUACACUCUCGGCUGGUUUUCUGAAGACAUCGACGCCAGCCCGGGUAGCGCGCUUAGUUAUUGGCACCAGGGCGCGGAGAAAACUCUGGUUGAGAAAACCGAUGACCCAGCGAACCCCUGGCGAGUGACGGGCUUCAUUGGUUGGGACGACUCUGAAGCGCUGCCCGUAGUUUUGACCAGAGCACCAGCAGCCUGGCUCUGGCAUGGUUUCAACGAUGACAAACUUGACCGUGACUUGGUAUACUACUAUCAAGGAGACAUGGACAUAUUGCCCGUGGAGAUGCCUUGGCUUACCACCGAAGAUUUGGCCAUCAAACAACGCUACGAAGACGUCUUGAUUGAGAAGCUGUACACCCCGCAGUAUGGCGAGAACGCCAGGGCCAGAUACCUGGCCGAUGCAUAUGGCCGAGGUCGAUGGCUGCGUCGUGUAUUCAAGUUCGCUCGAGAGGGACUUUGUCGUAUGCUCGACUACCAUCGCUUCAAUGCAUUCCAUCAAGAAUGGAAUAAUUUCAUGAAGGACAAGAACAUCCAGUACAAAGGUUUGGGAAUCGAGGAUGGGAGCUGGCCAGGAUUACCCGACAACGGACCAAGAAUGUAUGUGCCAGGUAUUCAGUAUGAGCCAGAUGCCACAGAGCACGAAGUGUCUGAAGCCGGGGAGAGCAAGGCCUCAGAGACUGAGAAAGUGACGCUUGAAGCAUGAAAGGAUGAAACUCGUUCAUAAAGAAGCAGCAUAAACCCCAGGACAAUCACGUUAGAAAAACCAUCUGUAUUCCAUGAUCAGACCG